GUUUCCUGGGCGAAAUUUGAGAUGAUGUGACGGAGAACCGAGAAGCUUGUUUGAGACUCACGAGGGAGUUGUCAGAGCGUUGCGGAGUGGCAGAGAGGGACGGGGGGCAUAGCCGUCGUUGCCACCCUGUCCUUCUCUGCUCAAUCGUUCGAUCGUUCGAUCGCAGCUUUGGCCUCGGGCUCUGGGUGCUCUUGUGCUCUCGAGCCGCGAGAUAGAGAGAGAGGGUAUAUGGUUGCUGCUCGCAGGGAGUGGGGAGGGUGAGGUGGUGGAGCAAAGCUCCCCCCGUAGCUUGUAGCAUGGGCGGGGAUGGACUGUGAGGGGAGUACAGGGGGCUUGAGACGUGAGGAGUGAGGCGUCGUGAAGGAAAAAGAAAUUCUUGCAUCAUGAAGGCGAAUGCGGGGCUGUUGGCGGGUUCGCACAACCGCAACGAGCUGGUUAUUAUUCGGCAGGAGGGCGAUGGGCCAAAGCCGUUGAGUUACGUGAACAGCCACAUUUGUCAAAUUUGUGGUGACGAUGUGGGAUUGACCGUGGAAGGAGAAAUGUUUGUGGCGUGCAAUGAAUGUGGCUUCCCGGUGUGCCGACCUUGCUACGAGUACGAACGGAAGGAUGGUACUCAGGCAUGCCCUCAAUGUCGGACUCGCUACAGACGCCACAAAGGGAGUCCUCGAGUGAAAGGAGACGAUGAAGAAGAGGACACCGACGACCUAGACAACGAGUUUAACCACGCGGUCAAUUUGGACAACCAUGACAAACAGCAAGUUGUGGACGAGAUGCUUCACAGCCAGAUGGCUUAUGGUCGUGACACGGAAGUGAUGCUAUCUGCAACGCAGCCUCGGUAUCCCCUUCUUACAGAUGGGCACCGUCACAUGGUGUCUGUUACAAGUGAGUCAAAUGCAACAUCCCCAGAUCAUCAAGCUAUUUUCCAUGUUGCGGGCGGGAAAGGAUCUCAUACCGUUUCUUAUAGCGACAUUGGCAGCCCAGCCAGAUCAUUGGAUCCGGCGAAAGAUUUGGGGUCGUAUGGGUAUGGGAGUAUCGCUUGGAAGGAGAGGGUGGAGAGCUGGAAGUUGAGGCAGGGAAUGCAGAUGACAACGACAGCGGGAGGCCAGCUUCAAGCCAAUGGAAAGGGUGGGGAUGAUGGCAGCCACCAGGACUGCUCAGAUCUACCCAUAAUGGACGAAUCGAGACAGCCUUUAUCAAGGAAAGUUCCAUUUCCAUCGAGCAAGAUCAACCCCUACCGGAUGAUUAUCGUAAUUCGCCUGGUUGUGAUUUGCCUGUUCUUCCGAUACCGUAUCUUGAACCCCGUGAACGAAGCGUACGGACUUUGGCUGGUGUCGGUGAUCUGCGAGAUUUGGUUCGGCAUAUCGUGGAUCCUGGAUCAGUUCCCGAAGUGGCUACCCAUCAACCGUGAGACUUACCUAGAUCGACUUUCCCUGAGGUUUGAGAAAGAAGGGGAGCCGUCUCAGUUGGCGCCGGUGGACAUUUAUGUCAGUACGGUGGAUCCCAUGAAGGAGCCACCCCUGGUGACUGCCAACACUGUGCUGUCGAUUCUGGCUGUGGACUAUCCAGUGGACAAGGUGUCUUGCUACAUAUCUGAUGAUGGAGCGUCCAUGCUGACCUUUGAGGUUUUGUCGGAGACGUCGGAGUUCGCUCGAAAGUGGGUGCCGUUCUGCAAGAAGUUCAACAUCGAGCCCCGGGCACCUGAGGUGUACUUUGCUCUGAAGAUCGAUUACUUGAAGGACAAGGUGCAACCGACUUUCGUGAAGGAGCGCAGAGCUAUGAAGAGGGAGUACGAGGAGUUCAAAGUGCGGGUGAAUGCAUUGGUCGCUAAGGCGCAGAAGAUGCCCGACGAAGGAUGGACAAUGCAGGAUGGCACACCGUGGCCUGGGAACAACACACGUGACCAUCCCGGAAUGAUACAGGUCUUUCUGGGACACAGCGGCGGUCAUGACACGGAAGGAAACGAGUUGCCGCGGCUGGUGUAUGUGUCGAGGGAGAAACGGCCUGGAUUCAAUCACCACAAGAAAGCUGGUGCCAUGAACGCGCUGGUUCGGGUGUCCGCAGUGCUGACAAACGCACCAUUCUUUCUGAAUCUGGAUUGUGAUCAUUACAUCAACAACAGCAAGGCUCUUCGGGAGGCGAUGUGCUUCCUGAUGGAUCCCAUCGUGGGGAAGAGAGUGUGCUACGUCCAGUUCCCUCAGCGGUUUGAUGGGAUUGACAGAAACGAUCGAUAUGCCAACCACAACACUGUCUUCUUCGACAUCAACUUGAAGGGUUUAGAUGGCGUGCAGGGCCCAGUUUAUGUGGGUACGGGGUGCUGUUUCAAGAGGCGAGCCAUUUAUGGUUACGAUCCUCCUCCCAAAGAUCCUAAAGCAUCGAGUGGUCGCAGCCAGAGCGUGUUUCCAUCCUGGCUUUGUGGACCCCUUAAGAAAGGACUUCAAAAUGCAAGAGCGGGGAAGGGUGGAAAGAAGAGGCAGCCAUCUCGUUCUGACUCCAGCAUUCCAAUCUUCAGUCUGGAGGAUAUCGAAGAAGAAAUCGAGGGAAUGGACGAGGAGAAAUCGUCGCUGAUGUCUUCUAAGAACUUUGAGAAACGAUUUGGUCAGUCACCAGUCUUUGUCGCGUCGACGCUGAUGGAAAAUGGAGGCGUGCCUCAUUCCGCCAAUCCUGGGUCAUUGUUGAAGGAGGCCAUUCAUGUGAUCAGUUGUGGGUACGAAGAUAAAACGGACUGGGGAAAGGAGAUCGGGUGGAUCUACGGGUCUGUGACGGAGGAUAUUCUGACAGGGUUCAAAAUGCACUGCCGGGGAUGGCGGUCCAUCUACUGCAUGCCAGCGCGGGCUGCAUUCAAGGGUUCUGCUCCCAUUAAUUUGUCGGAUCGGCUGCAACAAGUGCUGCGUUGGGCUCUGGGGUCUGUGGAGAUUUCUCUCAGCCGGCAUUGCCCUUUGUGGUACGGGUAUGGCGGAGGGAAGAAUGGUGGACUGAAAUGUCUGGAGAGACUGGCGUACAUAAACACGACGAUCUAUCCACUGACGUCGUUGCCACUGCUGGCGUACUGCGUGCUCCCUGCUGUGUGUUUGCUGACCGGAAAGUUCAUCAUUCCCACGAUCAGUAAUUUGGCGAGUCUGUGGUUCAUAUCGUUGUUCAUCUCCAUUUUUGCGACGGGUAUAUUGGAAAUGCGGUGGUCAGGAGUGGGCAUCGACGAAUGGUGGAGGAACGAGCAGUUCUGGGUGAUCGGAGGUGUAUCGGCCCAUUUAUUUGCGCUGUUCCAAGGGCUUCUCAAAGUUUUCGCGGGUAUCGACACUAACUUCACGGUGACAUCCAAACAAGCCGAAGACGAGGACUUCGCGGAGCUGUACAUGAUCAAGUGGACUGCCCUUCUGAUCCCGCCCACCACUCUACUGGUGAUCAACAUGAUUGGCGUGGUGGCGGGGAUUUCAGACGCCAUCAACAACGGGUACCAGUCGUGGGGUCCGCUGUUCGGCAAGCUGUUCUUUGCUUUCUGGGUGAUCGUGCACUUGUAUCCGUUCCUGAAGGGUCUGAUGGGACGGCAGAACCGCACACCCACCAUCGUGAUCGUGUGGUCCAUCCUGCUGGCUUCCAUCUUCUCCCUACUUUGGGUGCGCAUUGAUCCAUUCCUGGCAAAGGUGAAGGGUCCCGACCUUUCGCAGUGUGGGAUCAACUGUCGAUAGGUUCUAAUCUAGAAUCCUGUGCUCAGGUUAUCGGCAUGUAAAGUAAACCCCCAUUCAGAACCACCCUACAUCGUUCUAGCUCGGAAGACGCUGAGAUCACUGUUAGCUUCGGCGAUCACACCCCUAGUUCUUCAGCAUUUGUCUGCUGCACUGAGGCUAGCGAUCAGGAUACUGCCAUUUCGCCGUGGAAGUUGAGAUUGAGGAGGGAUCUUCAGCUGGCUUGAUAAGUGUACCUGUCGCAGUGGUUCAUUUUUUCGGUGGUGUUAAAAAUUCUUGGCAUUCGGGGAUGUGUUUCAAGCUCAUGGGAGCUUUCUUUUCACACAUCGGCCAUGGCCUAUAUUGUUUUUCUCGUAUUAUAAACUUCAUGUGUGAUUUCACAGUGGAGAGUAUUUGGGUGGAGUGAACAAGUUUCAUGCUGUGAGGGAAGAUGAAAUGGUGUUUACUUUCAAAUAGACUGUUAGAUUGAUUCUUCUGAGAAGAAUGAGAGGGACUGUAUUGUUUAAUUAUUUGAAAUUGUUUCUUUCAACGAUUAAAAAUUAAAAUAAACUACUAUUAUUUUCAUUA